AAACGCUGAACUGCAGACCUCAUAGUACCUUUCUCUCUCCACACACUGCGCAGUCCCUCGCAUGUCAUCUCAUUAGCUUCGUGAAAGUUUAGUCUCACUGGCUUUUUGCGCAAUGUUUUGGCUUUUCGGGGUUCUCUGAGUGUUUCCUGAUUCCAGACAGACUUGUGGGAGAUUGUGGAUGUCAUCACUUCACAGUUAAGAGAAUGGCCUGCACAUCGCAUGAGGUCUUCCCGUUUAAAGACCCGGAGCUGUCGAGCCUCCUGCUCUCCCAGCUGAACGUCCUCCGUCUGGAGAGGAUCCUCACGGAUGUUCUUCUGUGCAGCGAGCACCAGGAGAUCCCCUGCCACCGAAACGUCUUGGUCUCCAGCAGUCCCUACUUCCGGGCCAUGUUCUGCAGCAACUUCCUGGAGAGCAGCCAGACCCGCGUCGACCUGAAGGGCGUUUCCCCCGACGUGCUGAGCGGCAUCGUGGAUUACAUCUACACGGGCGCCAUCACCAUCACCAUGGAGCUCGUGCUGCCGCUGAUGCAGGCGGCGUCCAUGCUGCAUUACGGACGUCUCUUCGAGGCCUGCUCGGCGUUCCUCCAGGAGCAGCUGAGCCCGGAGAACUGCCUGAGCAUGGUACGUCUGUCUGAGAUCCUUCACUGCGCCAGCCUGAAGGAGAAGGCCAAGGAGAUGGCGGUGCGGAGUUUCUCGGACGUGGCGGCUUCGGAAGACUUCUGCGAGCUAUCCCUGCCCGAGCUCAUGUGCUACCUCGAGGACGACCGACUGUGCGCCGAGGAGGAGCAGGUCUUCGAGACUCUCUUGGCCUGGAUCCACCAUGACCCGUUCUCGCGGCGAGGCGCCAUCCACGACCUCUUCAAGAAGGUGCGCCUGCGCCACAUCCACCCAACCUACCUGUUCCAGUUCAUCGCCAACGACCCUCUCGUGCAGUCCUCCACCCUUUGCACCGAGAUCAUCGACUCGGUCCGGCGCCUCAUGCUCUCCGUCAGCGCCAAGUGCGGCCGCGAGCUCAAGCCGCUGUGGACCACGCCACGCCGCUACACCUGCCGGGAGACUCUGGUGGUGGUCGGCGGGCGCAAAAACAACGAGCAGACGUCUCGCGAGGCCCUGCUCUACGACGAACGGACCCAGCGGUGGCAGUGGUUGGCCAAGCUGCCGUUGCGACUCUACAAGGCGGCAUACGUCUGCAUCCACAGCAUCCUCUACGUGGUCGGAGGGCUCAGCCUCAGCAUGGCGUCCGGAGACAGCUCCGUCAGUUCCACCGUCUACACCCUCUCCCUGAAGACCAACCAAUGGCGGACGGCCGAGCCCAUGUUGGAGCCUCGCUACGCCCACCAGAGUGUCUCCUACUUGCACUUUAUCUUCGUUCUAGGAGGCAUUGGGCCGGACAAACAGAUCUCCAACUCAGUGGAGAGGUACAACAGCAUGUUUAACCAAUGGGAGGCCAUGGCGCCCUUACCCACGGCAGUACUCCACCCGGCUGUGGCAGCUAACGACCAGAGGAUCUACGUGUUUGGAGGAGAGGACGCCAUGCAGAAUCCUGUCCGACUGAUACAGGUGUAUCACAUCUCUCGUAACUUGUGGUCCCGACUGGAGACCAGGACGGUAAAGAAUGUGUGUGCACCUGCUGCUGUCAUCGAAGACAAGAUCUACAUCAUAGGAGGGUACACUCGACGAAUGAUAGCCUAUGACACCAAAGCCAACAAGUUUGUGAAAUGUGAGAACCUGAAGGAGCGAAGAAUGCACCACAGCGCCACGGUUAUCAACAACAAGAUCUACGUGACAGGUGGACGUUUCCUCAACAGUCAAGACGUCAUUGAGGACUCUGACUGCUUUGAGUGUUACGACCCAAAGACAGAUCUUUGGACCUCGAGGGGGACACUUCCCUACAAGCUGUUCGACCACGGCUCCCUACCCUUGGUUUGUGUCUCAAAUAGGCCAAAUCCACCCUGACCCCUAACUCCUCCUAGGGGCCCCUGCCCAUUUAUAACACAACCCCACCUACAAACCCCUCAACCCUGACCCCCAUGCCAAAGUUAUUGGCCUCCCCCAAGCCAGGACGGCAAACCAUCUCAAAUUGGCGGCGUUCCGUCACGGCUCAGUGAUGUCUUUGGUGGUAUGUUAGGUUGCAAAGCUAGCAGGCAUGCUAGGCUAACUGGCAUGCUAGGGCUACAAGGCAUGGUAGGCUAGCUAGCAUCUGCAGUGUUCUAAAUCAAAGAAGACCUCAGGUGGCGAACAGAGGUGUCACACUAGCCUUGGGAGUAAACUAUGGACCCCACAAAGAACAGGCAAAGGACACCAAAGACUUACGCAACGCACAGCUGUUCAGACUCAAGCUUGAUCCAAAACUAUCCACAAGCAGAUGGCUGUAUUCCUUAGUCAACCUUACAAUUAUGGAUCAAUGCCCUGUAAUUAUUUAGAGGCCUACUGUUGUUGAAUUGUACGAUUUUUCCCUUGUUCCAAUUACCACAAACAGGCUGAGACUUUCAGCCAUGUCAAUAGCCACUUUAUAUAGAAAUUACAUUCCUCCUAAACCCUGAUAAAACGUCUAACAAUUUACUGAAAAAUGGUCAACACUUGGAUAUGUUUACCCCAAGUCCUGAGAGAAAUUUAAAAAAUGUGUUGUGUGCAAUAUUGUUCUUUUCUUGUAGGUGUCUUGACUAUUUAUUUAAAUUAAAUAACAUUACCAAUACAUUGCAAUCAGCUGAGAAAUGCAUGGUGUGCCUGUGUUUUCAUUAAGAGGUGUUUUGUAAUGGGUAGGCCUAAACAUUUAAAAGAAAAUAUAUUUUGAGACCUCUUAUAUUCUGUGGGGCUCAACUUGCAAAACAAUUACAAAACCAAAAUAAGUAACCUGUAUUGCAAACAUGCUCUUUCUUUUUGUGUUAUCAUAUCACCAACUUAGAACUCCUGUAGUGAACAUGAUACAGCUGUUUUUUCAAAGCUGUAAGGCCACUCAAUGUUCUACAGUUGCCAUAUGCUGCUAUAGGUGUACUACUUUACAUAAAGUAUGGCUUCCAUAUACAGUAUUUUAGAAAAAUACUUCAAGGUUAAGGCAGCUCAUUUGAUCUGUUAACAGUAGACUGUUCACAAUUCAAAAAUUCUUAAAAACACCCAUUUUAAAAUGGACUUCCCUUACCUUUAGGGAGAAUAAUAAAUAUAGGAAACAUGCAUCUGUGGAGAACGUUAGUAAAAUACACCUUUUACCGCCAUGUUGAGACUACAAAUAACUAUUUUACUGACAUAAUUAAUGCUACACUCUUUAACUAAUACUACACCUGUUGCACAGUCACUUGUCACUUACAACCGUUGUCACGGGAACCACAAGUUGUGUGGUGAGUAACUUCCUUCUGUUUCACAUCUCCAUUUAGCAUAUCGGUUUACGUCUACUGCAGCUAGCCAACCCGAAACGUUAUAUGUUUAUCUUUAUUUACUAAACGUGUUAAAUUGUUCAUAUUUAUUAUUCUUUGUGUUUUAUAAAAGAAUGAAGUCUUAUUUCUAUGUGGCUAUUAUUAAAGAGCAUUUUUUGCAAAAUGAAA